GACAGCAUCGAACUAAUCACAGGUUUGUUUGUUCUUACCUAAUAUGGAAUAUAAAAGAAUAAGGAUCGUUUAGCAUAUAAGGACUUCUGAAUUCUUAAAUGGAAAGUAGAAUUGAAUAUAGGGUCAGACAAAACAGCUUCAAAGAUUGAAAUAUGAUCCAAAAAAACCACCCUUCUAACCUUAGUAAGCUUGCUUUUUGUAUCGUUGUCUUGUUUUUCUUCUUCAUGGAUUUGCUUGGCCAUGCCACAUAACAAAACCAUCCCAUGCCAGUGAAUGUAGGAGUGAUUCUUGAUGACCUUCAUUCUCAAACUGAGAAUAUUUGGUUGUGCUGCAUCGAAAUGGCCCUCAAGGACUUUUAUGCUUCUCAUGCUCACUACAGAACGGGGCUGGUUUUGAACAUUAGGGACUGCAAAAAGGAGAUCGUUGGUGCAGCUGCUGCAGCUCUAGAUCUGAUUAAGAAUGAACAAGUGCAAGCCAUCAUGGGGCCAGUGACAUCAAUGGAGACGAGCUUUGUCAUUAAUCUUGGAAAGCAAGCUUUUGUCCCCAUUAUCUCAUUUUCUGCCACAAGCUCUUCUCGUACUUCCGUCCGCAGCCCUUACUUUUUCCAAUUUGCACAGAAUGACUCAUCCCAAUUAAGUGAAAGCCAUUAGUUCCAUGGUAAAAGCUUUUGGGUGGAGACAAGUUGUGCCCAUCUACAUCGACAGUGAGUAGGGAGAGGGAUUCAUGCCAUAUUUAACUGAUGCCUUACAAGAGGCUGAGGCCUAUAUUCCCUACCGGAGUGUCAUUUCCCCAUAUGCCACUGAUGACCAAAUUCAAAGCGAGCUUUACAAGUUAAUGACAAUGCAAAACAGUCUUCGUUCUCCACGACACCCCAUCUUAGCUCCAGGUGUGGAAACUUAUGUCCCGUUGACAAAAGAGCUUCAAGAGUUCUUACCACGGUGGAAGAGGCAGUCCCAUGAAGACGCUGCAACCGCCAUCUUUGCUGCUAACUUGGAUGCUUUUGGACUUUGGGCUCAUGAUGCUGCUAUUGUACUAGCCAUAGCUGUUGAAGGAGUAAUUGGGAGUACAAGUAGUUAUGGCCUCCAAAAGUCAGAUGCUGUUAUCAACUCAACAGAUCUUUCUAAUCUUCCUGUCUCUCAAUAUGGUUCAAAACUGCUCAAAGCCUUGUCUAGUGUUAGAUUUCAAGGCAUAGCUGGAAAUUUCAGCCUUGUUGAUGGGGAACUUCAAUCAUCGACUUUCCAGAUUGAUAAUGUCAUUGGUGGUAGACCAAGGGCAAUUGGAUACUGGAACCACAAAAUGGACAAGUGAAAGAGUUGGGUUCGAUCUUCAACAAACUCGGGCAAAAUUUUAAACUCCAACUGCAAUCUUCUAUCAAUUAUAUGGCCAGGAGACUCUCUCUGUUCCCAAGGGAUGGGAGAUCCCAGCAAACGGUACAAAAAUGAAAAUAGCAGUUCCUGUCAAAGUUGGUUUUACUGAGUUUGUUAAGAUCACGAAAGAUCCAAGCACUAAAAGAACAGUUGCCACUGGUUUCAGUAUUGAUGUCUGUGAGGCUGCAUUGGAAAUGUUACCAUAUGCUCUUCCUUAUGAGUUCAUUCCUUUUGCUAAGUCUGAUGGCUCUAGUGCUGGCACGAAUAAUGAUUUAUGCUAUCAACUCUAUCGUGGGGUACAAAAGUUCUUUAUGCUACAGCUUCAACAGAAUUUAGUAACUCAUAUUUACGAUAUUCUUAAUUUGAUAUAAAUUGUUGACUUAUUCCGUGACAAAUAUAAGACGGCAUCCAUGCAUGUUUAAUUUCUUUGCUGAUCAGGUACUGAAAACAAAUAACCUAACAAUUACAGCAAAUAGGUCCUUGUAUGUCGAGUUUACAAUGCCCUACACAGAAGCCCGUAUAUAUAGUCAUGGUAAUGCCGGUUGUCAAAGACACCAAAAAAAAAAGCCCAUGGGAUUUCUCCAAGCCUUGGAGAUGGGACCUUUGGCUU